CGGACGAGUUUUUCGGACGGACCGGAAGCAUCGAGCGGACACACAUACAGGUUGCAAACAGCGCGUUUUGGGGGUUUUAAUCUUUAUAAUCCAACCCUUUUUUCUCGGAUAUGUCUCAGAAUGCACUGAGGAGAAUAGCUACAGAAUAUUGUAGUUUUAGGACCAUCAGGAGAUUUUUACAGAUUCCGGAGAGAAACCUGUCCGGUUCCGGUGGAGUGAAGGACGCUGGGAAGGAGGCGUUCGACGUUUCUUUGCUGGAGUUUCUUGUUUGUCCUCUUUCUAAGAAACCUCUCAGAUACGAGGAAACGACGAACGAACUGAUCAACGAAGAGCUCGGCAUUGCGUAUCCCAUAAUAGACGGCAUCCCGAAUAUGAUUCCUCAGGACGCACGCCUGAUCAAGGAGAACGAAGGAGCUGAAAAACCGACUCCAUCCUGAACAGACUGUUUUCCAUCUCACUCACACACACACACACACACACACACACACACACACACACACACACACACACAC